UCCACACUUCUGUGUCUUUUCUCCUUCACAUCUCUCUCACUCUUUUUCUCUUUCUUUGCUUGCGUGCCUGAGCAAUAGAGCAAAGAAAGCAAACCUGUUUGGCUGACUGCAACCAGGAAACCAAUCAAAGGGUGCACCGAAAGCAGUGAAAGAGAGAGAGUGCCUGAGAGAGAGAGAGAGAGAGAGAGAGAGAGAGAAAAUGUGACAUCAAGAAAGAGAGACAAAGAAGAAGUAGAAACAUUUGAGACAGUGACAGCAACAUGGUUCCGUUGAGCUGUGAGUAGAAGCUGUAUUGACUGUGACAAAGUGGGACUGCUGUGCUGCUGAGAUGUGCCUAGGAAUAUUGAUCUGACAGUGGACUAAGAAGAUACAAACGGACAGAAGUGGCUGCAAAUGCUUAGCUUUGAGUGCAUUCUUAGAGAUGCCUUGAAUAAUUGUGCCAUCCAUCAUUGGAUAAUGCAGUGCUGCUGGAUUAUUAUUGUAUGGAGCAAGACGGGAUGCUGUUUGAGGAGGCUAAAAUGCAUGCUUUUCAGAUGAAGCUGGGAACACACAAAAAUCAUUUUAAGGACCACAAAUGCCAGCUUAAACACUCCAAAACUUGAGUCAAUGUGAACAGUUUCUCCCAAUUCUAGCGAUAAACAUUCACAGGUUCAAAAAGUGAGCUUUCACAACUCUUACGGACAAUAAGACCCCAAAACAUACAGACAGACUGACAUUUAAACUUGGUUUUAAAUCACAUAAUUUUCAAACACAGCCAAAUUAUGGCAGCAGCACAUUCAGGAGCCUCUCAGCACCCUACCAAUGCAGACCGAAGGCUGGUGGACAAGGCCCUCAGAAGACUGGAUAAGCUCUACGAACUGUGCAUGAACCCCCGACUGAGUCUGAGAAACAGUCCACCAUACCUACCAGACCUAGUAUCUGAAACAACAAUGCUGCUCACACUAGUUUGGGAGCCCUACAGAGGCUCCGGGGUGGCAGGCUAUCAGGUGCCCCGAGGAGAUGAAGCCAAGUACCUGAGGGUCCAUGUCAGAAACCUGUUGGAUAAGACAGACAGGGCCUUGAUGCUGUUUAAAGAGGGACGGGAUAAGAUAUUUGAGGAAACAUCCAGCUACAGGAGGAACUUGACCAAAGUGUCCUUGCUGUUCAGUCACAUUCUCUGGGAGCUGAAGGCCAUAUUUCCAGAGGGAUGUUUUCAUGGUGACACCUACAGGGUGACCAAGAUGGAGGCGGAAGAGUUUUGGAGGCAUUCGUUUGGCAACAAGUGCAUAGUGCAGUGGAAUAUGUUUAAAGAACAGCUGCAGAGUGUACAUGCAUUCGAGGACGGGAUGGAGUCCAUGGCUCUGAAGUCAACUAUAGACCUCACCUGUAAUGAUCACAUCUCUGUUUUUGAGUUUGACAUCUUCACUCAACUAUUUCAGCCCUGGAGGUCACUCAUAAGGAACUGGAACCAGCUUGCUGUAACUCAUCCAGGCUACAUGGCCUUCCUUACCUAUGACCAGGUUGUCGCUCGUCUGGAACACUACCUGCACAGACCUGGGAGUUAUAUCUUUCGCCUGAGUUGCACAAGAAUGGGCCAGUGGGCUAUUGGCCAUGUGACCACUGAAGGAAACAUCAUCCAGACCAUCCCCACGAAUACACCACUCUACCAGGCACUCAUUCAGGGCUUCAAGGAAGGCUGCUACCUUUACCCAGACGGCCGUGAUGUAAACCCUGACCUGACGAGCUUGUGUGAGUCAGUCCAGAGGGGCAAAGUCAAAGUAACUGAAGAGCAGUAUGAGCUCUACUGUGACAUCGGCAGCACCUUCCAGCUGUGUAAGAUCUGCGCAGAGAGGGAUAAGGAUACUCGUAUCCAGCCCUGCGGGCAUCUCCUGUGCCGACCCUGCCUCACAGGCUGGCAGCAGAAGUCAGCUGGCUACACCUGCCCGUAUUGUCGCUGCGACAUCAGAGGAACCGAGAGGAUUCUCAUCGAGCCCUUUCUGCCAGACAGCGGCCAGUGGGAGGAGGUAGAGGAGGGGGAGGCUGAGGAUGAUGCAGAGGAGGAGGACCAUGAGGACAUUGAAGUGAUGGUAAAAGAAAUGGCUGCCCUGAAGAAGUUCUCAAGUUUGGAUAACCAGGCUCCCAUAUCCAGCCACAGUGGUCCCCCUCUGCCCCCCAAAAACAUCCCUGUUCCACGCUGUCCAUCCCCCUCCAGCCGAUCCCACACAUUAGAAACCAGGACUGCAGCCAAACACUCUCAUUUGCAGGCCCACGGUGGCGAUGAAGCACGCAGAAGACACAAACAACAUAGAAACGUGAACAGGCGCUGGGGGGAGGAGUCGCUCAGCAGUGACGAGGAGAGCUCUGGCAGGCUGAGGGACCCUCUGCCAAACCCACUUUCCCUCAGUGCUGAAUUCCUCACACAAGCAACGUUUUCUUCUUCCUCUCAGAUGGAUGUUGACAGUGGCGUGACAUGGCUCGGACCCUCCAGCCAAGUCAAAGAGAGAGGAAGACAAAACGAGAGGGAGAGAAGGAGAGUGGUGCUCAAAAAGGACAAGUGUGGCCUGGGAGAUAUAACGAGAACAAUGUCGUCUUGACAGAAUGGAAACCUCUGCAAUCUACAGACUUUUUAAAUGAAGCAAGAAAUACAUGACAGCUAAAAUGUCUUAAAUUCACAAAUCACAAUCAAAAAUGAAUGUGGAAAUAGUUUUUUUAUGUCGCAUUCGACUGACUAUGUGUCCUGCUGUAAUGCUGAAGAUGAAAUGAGUGGGUGGGACAGGCAGGGAAAUGACUCAUUGAGGCCUCCUGCUGUUCAGUAACCACAGUGCCAUCAUGUCCACAGUAGGUUCAGUACUCAUUCCAAAAGUCUGUCUUCUUCAUAAUUCUGAGUCUUUGUGAAAUAAUAGAAAUUAAUUGAAGGUUUUAUAUUUAAAGAUGCAAUUGUGUGGAUAAAUGAAGGAGGAAAUGUGAAUAUAAGAAAUAACAGAAAUCUGCUACCUCGUCAUUUAACCCAUACGACAAGUUUGUUCUCAUAAAUAAAUAAAUAAUGUGAGUAAAUAAAGGCCUCUGUAUGACCCCAUGAAACUUACAUGAUCGUAAAAUCAUGCAAAUAAAAACUAACUGACACAUA